ACUCGCUCCCUCCCUCCCUGACAACAGACUCCGUCAGUCAGUCACGCAGCGGAAGGCAGGAGGGAAGGAAGGAGGUAGAACUAAGCAUCCAACCAGCGGACAAACAGAACCGGACAGAAUGCGGCUGCGGUUCUUUGUGCACAUUAUAUGUUUGCUGACUGGCUGCUUAGUUAACUCGUUUGCUCUGCCCUCCCCUGUCCACCCCGUGACUGUCGUGUCCACGGUGGGCAGCGAAGUUGUCCUUCCCUGCUGCUGGAAGUCCCAGUUAGAUGAAGCGGCCAAUUCCAUCCAUCACAUCCAGUGGGUCACGCCCCCUUACACCGUCUUCGAGCAGCGCGGCGAGGAAAAGUGGCAGGCGGUGGAGUUUGGGGGCCGACUCCAAAUACUGGAGGAGAGGUUGGGGUCUGGGGACUGUUCCCUGGUGAUCAAAGACGUCCAGAUCAGGGACACGGGGAAAUACGAGAGCUUCAUGGUGGUGGAGGCGGUGAGGUCCAAAAGAACCCGGGUCUUCCUGCAGAGUGUCAAACUGUCGGUGACAGAUAACAAAUCUUGGCAGUCGCAUCGUCCAGGUGAAGACUUUGUCAUAGAUCUUCGGACGCCAUAUUCAAUGACCGUGGUCUUCCUGGGAAAGAACAGCUCUGAGUGGUCUCUGCUGUGGAUGAAGGAAGAUGAACAAACCAGCGAACGCCUGGAGAAAAGUCCACGGGGUGACAAGCUAACGCUGAAGAACCUACAAUUCUCAGAUGAAGGGAUCUACAAAGUCUUGGACGAACAGGGGGUCUCGGUCAGCACAAUCCAGCUUUCCGUUGAAGACAUAGAACACGACAAACUACGAAUGUCACAAACUUCACAAACAGGUGGGACCGCUCAAAGCAGCAGCUCGCGUGUUUUCGUCUCCGCUGUUCUCUUCUUCACUGUUCAGAUUCUUCAUCUUGUUUGAGGCUCAUUUCAUACAUCUUGUUACCAAAACUGCAAGUGUAAAUAAAGAUGUGUUGAGGUUAAGAAGCUGGUCUUUUUAGAAGAGGCGUAGACGGUCACUAGUACAGGUUGGGACAAAUUGUUAAAAAUUUGACUAUUUUGAUUUUCAAGGCUCUUUUUCUAUCUUUUAAUCACAAAAAAUUGUAAAUCUGUAUAAAAACUUCUAGUUUAAUUAAAAAAAGAUCACCAGAUAGUACACUAUUUUCAACACCCAGUAAUUAGUUGAGAGAAAUUGUAAAUUAUAUAAAUAAGGGAACUUGAUCCAAACACUAAAAGGGUAAAUCAAUAUUUUUUUGUGGCAAAUCAGAAUCAUUUAUUGUCAUUUCCACAGCUUUUACACUGACAUAAGAGAUUGUUCGAUAUGAUGAUGUAAAAGAUUUGCAAAUCAUUUAUAAAUCAUCAGAUGAUCCAGAGGAUUUUAGACUCUCAAUUAGGAAAAGACAUUAACUUUAAAAAUUCUAAUAAAUGAGGGUUUCUCCGAAUGAACAUGUAAAACUUGUUUAUAUCUUGUGUAAAAAAUAACAUUUUCAAUCAAGGGGUUUUAAUUUUUAAUGCAUUUAUUUUAUUUUCAUGUGUGUGUGGUAGCAUAUGACAUUUGAUUUUGUGAUUCCUGAAGCUAUUCCCUUCUGCUGUGCUUCAAACGCAAAGAUGACGGCGCUUAAAUUAAGUCGAACGACCGGCUGAAUUUCCUCUGAACUGAGCAGAACCAGAACGUUUUUAAGAAACUCGUUUGAUUGAUUUUCCUGGAUGUCAACCAAGUAUUUAUCGACAUAAUGAACAAGAAUUGAUGGAAGUUCUUAACAAGACUAAACCGGAUCAUUGUGAGUCCCAGAUAAAAGCCAGAACUUCACUGUAGGACUGUUAAAAAUGAGUUCUUUUGAGUGUUCCUGUAAAGAAUUAAAUGAUUUUUUAGAAACG